CACCUCUAAACACUUGAGACUCUUCGCUUAUAGGCGACAUGGGUUUAUGGAAGUUUGUAAUGUAAAUAUAUUGUGUUGUACAUUAGGAGGGUUCGCGUCACGACAGUGAUCACAUCUCAUUUGACACGAUGAUACAACCGCGUCUACCGACAGUAACCGCGAACAGACGAAUUUGAAACUUUUUUUCUCUUUCCUCCUUUACGGGACCAUCCCAAAACUCACUCUCUCUCUCACACACAUACACACACACACAUACACUCAGACUCUUUUUGUUCGCGAAGGACACAGACUGAGGUCUCUUUAAAACCAUUUGCGGUGGAUCGAUCGACUUUUACGCAUCAACUUUAGAUGAGCGCGCGCGGAGGUGUCGACGGGGAUGUUUUUACGCGUUCGGUUCCCGUCGUGAUCCCGGACUUUCUGCCGGUUCUCUAGCUGUCUGUGGGAAAGACAUGAGCUCAGGAUAUGGGUCUGUGUUUGGGAACCGAUUUGACAGAGGACGACAAGAAGGCGAAGAUCCAAAGCGCACAGAUAGACAGAGAUCUGUACGAAUAUGCCAAGAGAGAGAUGAAUGUGGUGAAGAUACUCAUGCUGGGAGCCGCAGAAAGCGGAAAGAGCACGCUGGUCAAACAGAUGAAGAUCAUCCACAGCCAUGGAUUCACCAAGCAAGAGCUGGCCAGCUUUAAGCCUGCUGUAUUGGAUAACCUCAUGACCUCUAUGAAGUUUGUCCUCCAUGGGAUGGGUGUCCUUAGGAUCAAUCUCGCCAACAGCAAGAACAAGGUCCACGCUCACUCUAUUCUCUCGUGCGGCCGUUGCUUCGACGAAGACCAGAUGCUGUUUCCGUUCGUAGGCCACGCCCUCUUCUGCUUGUGGGCGGAUCAGGGGGUGCGGUCUGCGGCGGCACGCGGAUACGAGUAUGAGCUGAAUGACUCUGCGCUGUAUUUUUUCGAGAACAUGGGUCGGAUCAUCGCCCCCAACUACAUGCCUACAGAAACGGACGUCUUGAGGGUCCGACUGAGGACCACUGGUGUGAUCGAAACUCAGUUCAAAGUCAAGCACCUGAUCUUCAGAAUGUAUGACGUUGGGGGUCAGAGAACAGAGAGGAGGAAGUGGAUCAGUUGUUUUGAAGACGUGAGAGCCGUGCUGUUCGUGGUGUCUCUGAGCGGGUACGACAUGACCCUAGUUGAAGAUCCAUCCAUGAAUCGACUGCAGGAGAGCCUCAAGCUGUUCUUGUCAAUCUGCAAUAACGUCUUCUUCAGGAGUACCUCUAUGAUCUUAUUCAUGAACAAGAUUGAUCUGUUCCAAGAGAAGAUCCUUCACUCCGGGCGACAUUUACGACAUUACCUGCCGCAGUUCAAAGGAGCAGAUUGUGACGUGGACGCGGCCGCCCGCUUCAUCGCCGCCAUGUUCAUAUCCCUCAACGCCACGCCCAGCAAACUCAUCUACCAUCACUUCACCACGGCCACCGACACCUCCAACGUACAGGUGGUCUUCCAGGUCGUCAUGGAUACCAUCAUCAAGGAAAACCUGGAGGCUGUGUCUCUUCUCUGAGAUCCGAACGGGCCCAGGGAGGUCAGUGUGGAACAGUUCCACAGAUUUUUGGACAGUGCUGUGGUCAUUGAAAUAUAAAGCUGAUUAUAUUUAUUAUAUGCAAUGCUCUGAACACAAUCUGAGCACUUAUGCACAUUUGUUACGUAUUUUGCAUAAAGCGAAUGAAUUCUUUCAGAGAGGGGUUAUUUGUGAAGUAAACGAUGACUAUGGUAACGUUGAAUAGUUCAAGUAAAACUCCAGGCUUGAUUUUCGCCAGGUCUGUGUUGAGUGCGUCGGCCGUGUGGGCGGUCGACCUGCUCGGCCAUGCAUCCCAUAAUUCUUCACCACAAAAACAGCGUCCCCUUCUUGUGUCUCGUGUGUUACCAUGGUUAAUCAUCACUUAAAGUAACAUUCACCCUUGUGAAAAACCGCUCAUUCUUUACGUCUUAAGUGCAGAGACGUGAAUGAAUCAUAUUUGCACCUCGUGUUUGUGCAGUUUGAUGUUUUUAUGAUAAAGCGCUGCACUUUCGUAGCUGUUCUGAAUCGUUCAUUUUGUUUAAUAUUUCUGAUGUACUGUUAAAAUGUAUUUUUGUGUUGGUUUGAUCGUAAAUAUCAGACUUAUAUAACACAUCUGUAUGAAGAAAAAUCAUAACAGACUGCAGAAGAGUCGUAUUCAUCUAUAUAAAAACAUAUUAUUGUAAAUACAUUUGUAUUUUUUAUGUUGCUCUUUAAACUUAAAUGUCUAUCCCAUUUAUUAUUUGUUAUUUAAGUCCCACUUUUGUCUAUUUGAAGGCAUUUCACUUUGAGUUCAACUUUGUAAUGCAAACCACUGUGAAUAGAAGUUAUU